AUGCGUUCUUCCACUGCCGUCCUCCUCCUUGCCGCUGCGGCGUCUGUCACCCCCGCCUUUGCUGCCCCCAUCUCAUACACGUCUGACCUUGAGGUCCGUGGUGACUUCGAUAGCCUCGAGGUUCGCGACAUCGACAACACCUUCGCGCGCCGUGAACUUCAGGACGAGCUCUUUACGCGUGCUCUUAACGAUGAGCUCGUCGCGCGUAGCAAGAUUGGCAAGUUCUUCAAGAAAAUUGGCCACGGUCUCGGUAAGGUCGUGAAGGGCGUCGCGCACCUCGUCCUCAAGCGUGAGGACUUGGACGUCCUUGCACGUGAGCUUGGCAUCGACGAGGAGGUCUUUGCGCGCGACUUCGACGCGAACCUCUUUGCGCGAGACUUCGACGAGGAGGUCUUCGCGCGCGACUUCGACGAGGAGGUCUUCGCGCGCGACUUCGACGACGACCUCUUCGUGCGCGACUUCGUCGAGAACCUCUUCACGCGCGACCUCGACGAAAACCAGUUCGUUGCCCGUGCUUUCGGCGUGGACGAGGAGCUCGUUGCUCGCAGCAAGAUCGGCAAUAGGAUCAAACAUGCCUUCCAGAAGAUUGGCCACGUUCUCGGUAAAGUCGUGAAGGGCGUCGCGCACCUCAUCCUCAAGCGUGAGGACAUGGACGUCCUUGCACGUGAGCUCGGAAUCGACGAGGAACUUUUUGCCCGUGCCUUCGAGGACGACGGGCUUUUCGCCCGCAGCUUUGACGAAUACGAAUUCGCUCAGCGAGACCUCCCCGAAGAGCUCUUCACCCGUAUGCUGAUGGAGGAGAUCGACGCACGUGGAGUCGAGGAGACUCAGCAAGCCUCGCAACCUAACGCCGCUCACUCUGCUGUGCAGCCCCACGCACAUGAGGCAAACAGCGUUGCUCACCCACACUCCCAUGAGACUCACCCGAACGACCAGCACCACACCGGGGUUCACCGUAACGGCGAGAAGCACACGGGAACCCAUCGCAAUGGCAAGGGAGCUCACCGCAAGGGCGAACACCGUGGGGCUGGCUCGAAGGGCGAGCACGCUCAGCACCGUCCGCAGACUGGUGAGGAGCACCACGAGCACGCCGAGGGCGCUGUGUCCGGCCACCACUCGACGCAGCACCUUGGCACGCAAGGGGACCACACGUCUCUGCACUCUAGCACCCAGGAGCACCACUCUACGCAGCACACCGCGCCACACCAGACACGCGAGGAUGCGCUCGAGCUCCUUGCGCGCGCAUUCGGUGGCGAGUUCGACGAGCUUGACUGAGCGGCGGAUCGGUGCGACUUGGGCGGCAGUGACCCAAUGGUAUCUCAUUGGCAGGAUGGCCGUCGUAACUUAUCAUAAUGAUUUAUGUGAAUGGCUGAUGCUGCGAGUUC